AUUUUGAUGUCAGCGGCACCAACGUAUCAAUAUGGUGCUGAUAUGAGCCAACAAGCUCAGGGCGCUUUUGAUCCUCAGCUGGCGCAGAAACAAUAUGAGGCUUGGCAACAAUACUAUGCACAGGGUGGAGCGGCACCUCCGGUACAACAAGUUCAACCUGGCCAGGAGGCUUACUAUGACCAAACUGGUGCGUCUAUGCAGCAACCUGUCCAACAAGCGUAUGCUCAACCUGAUCCAUAUGGCAAUCCUCAAAUGGCUAUGGGUAGUCAGUAUGGCGCUCCUGCCGGAAAUGCUCCAGUUUUUCCUCCACCGCAAGCUAGUGCACCACCAAUGCAAGGACGUGGAGGUCCAGGUGGUUGGGGACCACCGCCACCUCAGGGUGGACCUCUUCCUUUGAAUUCGUUUGUUGGUGGACCACCUGCCGGUUAUCCUCCAUAUGGAGGCGGUUAUGGAAUGGAUCAACGUGGAGGAUGGGGACGUCAAGAUCGUGGCGGAAGAAACAGAUAUAAUGGAGGACCCGGUGAUUUUCCGGGCCGACAGUCAGGAUACAGAGGUGGCGGUGACAGACGAAGUGGCGGUGGAGGUGGUGGACGUAGUGGAGGUGGUGGCGGCGGCGGAGGAUAUAGAGAUCGAGAGCCACAACAAAGCAAAAACGUUCUCUUUUUUUCUGGACUUCCGCUUAAUGCGAAUGAACAAUUCAUUAACGAUGUCUUCACUAUGGAGCAAGGUGACAUUGAAGUUGGACCAAAUGGAGAACCCAAAAUCAAAAUCUACAAAGAAGCAGGCCAUUCAAAAGGCGAAUGUACAAUCAUAUUUCGUGAUGAAACUGUUGCGCAGCGCGUUCUGAGCACAUAUAAUGGUCAACCAUUUCCGGGAAGUGAUAGCCAGAUGAACAUAUCUUUCGCAAAAUUCGAUGAAAAAUCAGGUGGAGAAAGAUCCGGCGGUGGUGGUGGUGGAAGAGGUGGAGGUGGACGAAAUGGUGGUGGUGGAUAUGGAGGGCGUGAUGAUAGAGGAGGAGGCGGACGUGGUGGUGGACGAAGAGGUGGAGGAGGCGGAGGUGGACGCGGUGGUGGUGGAGGCCGUGGAGGAGGUGGACGUGGUGGUGGCGGCGGCGGAGGCCGUUUUGGUGGUGGAGGGGGCCGUGGUGGUGAUAAGGGAAGAAAUUUCGAAAUGCGAAAGGGUGAUUGGACAUGCGGUUGCGGAAAUAUCAAUUUUGCUUUUCGUCGUGAAUGCAAUUCGUGUAAAGCACCAAAACAAGAUGGACCUGGUGAAGGUGGACCUGGAGGACCUCCCCCACCAUACAACGGUGGUGGUGGAGAUGCUGGUGGGCCAAUGCGCAUGGGCGGAAGAGGUGGAGGUUUUGGUGGUGGCGGAGCAGAUCGUUCGCGUCCAUAUUGA